AUGAAACUGAACAGCCAAGGAGAUGACACGAAGGGAACUGACGUCCUGUGGGAGUCCCUUUAUAAUGACUUCAACGAAAUUACAAAAACGAACAAAAGACACUGUAACUAUAUCGAAAAUAGUUUGUACAAUUUUUGCAAAGGGGUUAGUUCACAAGAUAGCCUAAGUUACAAUUUGAAAAAUAGAUCGAAUGAGUGGCUCCUUUUAAACGAAUCAAAAGAUGUUGCAUCGGGCAUGCCUGUUGUAAGAGAGGAGAAUGAGGGAAGUAGAGACAGUCCCAACAGGGCAGCAACAGGAGUAGGAAGUGCCAGCUGGAGUAACCUCGCCAUUCAGGCGUACUUAAACAAAAAUAACAAACAGGAAGAAGAGGAACAGGUUGGUAACAAAGAUAAUGAUGCAGAGAGUGUCAGCCACCCGAUGCUACAGGAUGAUCAAAAAAGUGAUCAGUUACGGAGACGACAUUCGUCAUUCCAACCUAGCAAUGACUAUUACGAUGGAGAGUAUGUGAGGAAUAACUUCCUCGACGUUGAGAGCGAUUACUUGAAGAAUGAGACGUACAUCAGUUGCAACGAUGUUGUGAAUAGCGAAAAGACAAGACAUUCAGAGUUUCAGAAUAAUAAUAGUGGGGGUGCGCUUCUGCGGGAGGAGAAGAAGAGCGCCAGUGAUGAAAGCGGCAGGGUGGGCAGUCAGGUUGGAGGUCACGUUGGUGGUCAGCUUGGCGGUCACGUUGGCGGUCAGCUUGGUGGCCGAUUGGGCAACCAACCGGGUGUCCAGUUUGACGCCCCCUUCCGCAACGGAAGCAUGUUCAAUCUGAUGAAAUACAACGCGGCCCUGAAGGGGCUCGGAAUCGAUGGCGGCAUGGGCUUACAGAACGGAAGCAGCAUCGGAAGUAGCAGCCACACACAUAACAAUGUGAACAAAGGAGUGAGUGCCUUCUCCACUUCUAAUCAACAGCAUUAUGAGAAUGAUAAAUCGAGAAGGUUGCACGUGACUGACCCGAAGGGGCUAUUUUCCAAAAGGGAGGAUUAUACCUACUUACUGAGCAACAAGAAAAUUUACGAUAGUGUGUCAGUAGGGGGAAGAGAUAUGGAGAUGGAGAGGGGACACAGCGGUGACCUUUUAGGGUUCUCCCCCUUCGAUAUCCACAGAGGGGGAAGUGGAAGCGGUGCUAGAAGUGGCUUGGGGAGUGGGAGUGGAAGGAACAGUCUCUUUCACAAAAUGAACAGGUACAAAAAUUUCACUGUAAAAUCGGACGAAAGCUUGACUUGCCCGAGUUUCAGCUAUCGGCACAACGGUCUGGAGGGAGGCGUGAUAGGAGGAAAUGCCACAAAAGUUGAUGAGGAGCAACUCGGUGGAGAUGGCUCGAAUGACGGGUAUCACUAUGACGAACGUGGUAGUGCUGACAGGGGUAGUACCCAUGGGAGCCGCCACGAAGACAAUCGGGUGAGUUACAACUCUCUGGAGAAGUUGGACCAGCUUCUGAAAAGCAAGUCUAGAUAUAUGAGCAACAACAACAGGCUGAGCGAUUUUGAUUUUUUACUCAAAAAAAAAAAUAAAGCAAACGCUGAACAUUUGAGAAAGUCCUUCAUAAGUUACGAUAAUUACAAAAUUGAUUCUGUCAUGUCUGAGACGUUUAAUAGAAACACCGAAAUGGAUAAGAGCGAGUCUCCCCCUUCCGAACAGAUGGACCAGGUGAGCCACAAUAAGCUUAUAAACCGAUCCAAGCGCCUAAUUGAAAUAAGUAGAAAAUGCCUGAGUGGAUACUCUGAUGUGGAUCAACAUGACCUAAAGGAGUUGUACGCACGAUUGGAUAAGAGAAAGCAUGGCACGAGUGUUGCAGGUAGAAGUUACAGCAAUGUGAUUGACGAGGAGGAGUGUGGGUCGGUUCUCUCCGCGCAGAAGCGAAUUGGGAAGGAAGGCGAACUUGGUAACAAUUACGGCCUUGCAUAUAAUUACGCGAAUGGGGAACUGGAGGAGGUGCUGUGCAAUUAUCUUGGGGAAAAGAGAGGAAGCAUCGAGGGGAAAGACUCAAAGGGGCAGAUGGCUGAGGAGAAAAAUAGCGAAAGUGUUAGUAAGCUGUUUGAAGCAUACGACAAGGACAAAAUUUCCGACGUGAAUGUACCCCUGGUGAAUAACACGCUGAAAGGUAAUCCCGAAGUGGAGGCGUCUCGCGGGGAUAGGAAAAUGAAUAAGAAGAACAACCUGGGGCAUAGCGAUGAUGUAGUUGGAGGUACCACCCGGAAAAAAGGAGCCCAUAGCAGCGGGUCCUUCUGCAGCAACAGCCAACCGAAUGAAGAACGUCACGUUGGAAGGAACACUAGGGAAAAAAAGAAAAAAAACAAAAACAAUUUAGAUAGUGUGGCGGAGAAUUCAGAGAAGCUAUUACCCCCCGGUGGUGACUCAAAAGGUGAUCAAGAGGGUAGCAGUCCUAACGCGGGAUUCAAGCUAGCGAGUAUAAAAUUUCCUGGGGAUGAAGAGGAGGAGGUGGACUCUCCUUUCGGUGGUGAUGCCAACAAGGGUGCAUCUGACAAACAUGAGGAGGAGCUCCACGAGAAGGAAAAAAAUGACGUUUAUAGUUACGAGGUAGAACAGGAAGAAGACGAAGCGGGAGGUAAUAACAACAUACCUCAUGGUGAGGGUAACAUUACUGAGAACGUCGAAAGGGGAUCCCUUCUGAAAGGAGACGCCCCGGAGAGAGAUACCAACAGUGUAAUCACGAACAGUUCCAGUGUGCGCAAUUUUAUUAAAAAUCCAGAUUUUGCAAAAAUGUAUUACAAUCAAAAGAAGGAGAAAGUACCAUACGCAGAGGAAAGGAAAAUAAGUGAUGGUCAACAGAAGGCACUCGAGCAAUGCUACGACACUAUUAACCAUGCCAAUGAUGUAAAGAGACUCUUUCGAGAAAAAAAUUUCUUACAAGACCUAUGUGAAAAGAGAAAGGUUAUUAUACAGAAGAGCAAAAUUGAAAACACGAAGUUGAACGUGGAGAUUAAGUCGCUACUCAGCUUUAACAACAAUUUGAGUUACGCAUUGAAGGAGAAGGAGGCGGAAAUUAAAAUGCUAAAGAAGCAGAAGGAAGAGCUUGAAAUUAAUUUAAUGAAGCGAAUAAACAAUAACGGCAGCACCCAGUAUUCCCUCCUGAGCAACUUUACAUCUUUCCCUGCGCUUAGCAGAAAUGAGAGAUAUAGUGGGGUGCACAGUGAUAGCGGCACUUGCCACCUGCUGCGUAACAGGAACAGCUGCACCAUUUUGAAUAACAUGGCCGAUGCCAACGCCAGCGUCAGCAGUGGCGGUGGUAAUCAGUCCUCCGUCAUACAGAGCUACGAAGAAAAGAUCCAGGAGCUUCUCGUACAGGUGAAGAUGUACCAGACGAAGAACAGAGACUUGCAGGAGCAGCUGCGCAUUUUUAUGAACGAGUAG